UCAACUCACUGUCGAGUUUCGGGACGACGCCAAGCCCACCUUCGCUGCGUUGGUGGCGACGGUGCUUUCUUUUCCGGCGUUCCCUUUGAUCGCCUCCAUGCUAUCGAUCGAGGAGUCCAAAAACCUCUUCUCCUUGCUCGAUUCGGAGUCGAAGCCCUUCGAUGAGAUUGUCGCCGAUUACCGAUCGCAGUUCCCGCGGGAAGCCCGGUUUAGGGUUUGCUUUUCCCUUGCUAUCCUCCUCGAGGACAAGGUUUUGUUGAAGCUCUCCCAACGUUUGGUUGCUUACCUUAUACUUCAUCAGACUUAUUCCUCUAAUUCACCAUCAUCAAAUCCAUUUAUUUCGUUCCUUGUAAAUGCAGCAAGUGACGAUACCUCAGAGAAAAUGGAGAUGGCAUUUAUUCAACUUUCGAUGGGAUCUCUAGGUGGAAGCAAUAACAAAGAGGUUAUGAAGCUGUCAGCUGUUGAUUACAUCAAAGGAUUUGACUCAUCAUCCUAUGUUCUGUUGCAAUGCGAACAGCUGCAGAAGCUAUUUUCUGAUAGUGUACAGUCCAAAUCAUAUGAAAACAUUUUUCAAGCUGCAUCUGUUAAAAAUAUUAUCCCAGAUCCGGAUAUACCUAUUGGCAUUGAUUCUACUCCAUCUGAGCCAAAGCUUCCAGUGACAGGAACAAAACCAAGAAUUGGUUCUGAUGAUAGAGACAAUGCUAUAUUAGGUUUAAUGCAAAACUUGUCUGUUGAAGGAUUGGGUCCUCAGUGGAUAAGACCUGCACCACCAAUGCUUCCAGUGUUAGAUGGAGAAUUUAUAUGGCUCAAUCCUGAUAAUGAUCACGAGCUUUUGUGGGACUAUGGCAUGUGUGCUGACACCAGUCGAGGGUCUGCAGUGAGAGAUUUGAUUGCAAAAGCAUUGAAAGGCCCACUUGCACCUGCCCAACAAGAGCAAGUAGUGUUAGAACUUGCCAAGGAUGCAAAACUCGUUUAUCAUUGUGGACUCACUCCUUUGAAGUUGCCGGAUCUUGUUGAGCACAACCCACUUAUUGCUGUUGAAGUUCUUUCGAAGUUGAUGAAUUCUCCUGAAAUUUCAGAGUAUUUCACUGUUCUUGUCAAUAUGGAAAUGAGUCUACAUUCAAUGGAAGUGGUUAACAGGCUCACAACUGCGGUUAAUCUCCCAACUGAGUUUGUACACAUGUACAUCACUAACUGUAUAUCAUCAUGUGAAAACAUAAAGGACAAGUACGUGCAGAACAGACUAGUGAGAUUGGUCUGUGUCUUUCUGCAAAGUCUUAUCAGAAACAAGAUAAUCAACGUCCGUGAUCUCUUCAUCGAAGUCCAGGCUUUCUGCAUUGAGUUCUCACGCAUCAGGGAAGCUGCUGGCUUGUUCAGACUGCUCAAGACUUUGGAAUGAUGAAAGGGAGAACACACAAAUUCAAACUGCUGCCUUCUACUCAUUCUGUACAUCCUGCCUAUCAGAUUCUUACUGAGAUUUCCAUUCAUGGAUCUCAGGGAACAUUGUGCACCAUGCUGCAUCUCUACAAGUUCGUUGAGAUUUGAGAAUAAAAUUCAAGUAUUCAAGUGAUUUCAUCUGCACAUGCACCAAGUUUGGGGAAAGAAUUGUAUUUGUUGUAGUUGACAUCGUGUAUUUAGUUUACACCGAUUAAUUUUAGGAGUGACCGAUCUAAUUCUAUAGAAGUUUUUCAUCGGUUAUUAGUAUAAAUUGGGAAGCGUUCACAGUGGAUGAUCUAUUAGCAUUUUUCUCGUCAUUGGUUCUA